AUGGGUUUUCUCUUGGAAAAGCCCGAAGGAACUGCGGGCAAGGCCUGGCCUGCCAUCGUUAUAAGCGUGUGUUUAUUUAGCUAUGAUACUGGCACCAUCAGUGGCAUCCUCGCCAUGCCCUAUUGGGCUCGCACGUUCUCCACGGGCUACAGGGACAACACUGGCCAGCUGAAUGUCACGUCCAGCCAGUCAUCUGCCAUUGUCUCCAUCCUCUCAGCGGGGACCUUCUUCGGAGCUCUUGGUGCCGCUCCUAUGGGCGAUAUUCUGGGUCGCCGCUGGGGUCUGGUUGCGUCCAAUGCUGUGUUUGUUCUGGGAGUGAUCCUGCAGACAAUCGCAACCGACAUUCCGCCCUUUCUUGCUGGCCGGUUCUUUGCCGGCUUGGGGGUGGGCCUGAUUUCUGCGCUGGUCCCUCUCUACCAGUCCGAGACAGCACCUAAAUGGAUCCGAGGCUUCAUCGUCGGCUCGUACCAAUUCGCUAUCACCAUCGGUCUCCUCCUAGCAUCAGUCAUCAACAACGCAACGCAUGACCACAACGACUCCGGCUCCUACCGCAUCCCCAUCGCCGUCCAGUUUGCCUGGUCUAUCAUCCUAGUGGUAGGCAUGCUCAUUCUCCCUGAGACCCCACGCUACCUAGUCAAGCGAGACAAUAUUAAAGCCGCAGCGCGCAGCCUCUCCCGACUCCGUCGCCUCCCCGAAGACCACGAAGCCGUCCGCCAGGAGCUCGCCGAGAUCCAGGCAAACCACCAGUAUGAGGCUAGCCUUGGCGAGUCCGGAUACAUCGACUGCUUCCGGGGCAAUCUGCUGAAACGGCUCGCUACAGGAUGUUUCCUGCAAGGGCUGCAGCAGCUAACCGGAAUCAAUUUCAUCAUCUACUACGGGACGCAGUUCUUCAAAAACUCCGGGUUCAAAAAUGAGUUCAUCAUCACCCUGAUUAUCAACUGCGUCAAUACGGGCUCUACAAUUCCGGGACUCUACGCGAUUGACAAAUGGGGCCGGCGCCCGUCCUGCUCCUCGUUGAUUGUGGCUGUUCUGGGGACUACGACAACGGGUCAGGAUAGUCAGGGGACUAUCGUCGUCCACGAUACUGCGGCCCAGAAAGCGGGCAUUGCUUUUAUUUGCAUCUUUAUCUUCUUCUUCGCUGCCUCGUGGGGUCCAAUCGCCUGGGUCGUCACCGGCGAGAUCUUCCCCCUAAGAACCCGCGCAAAGUCGCUCUCCAUGACGACCGCCACAAAUUGGCUGCUGAACUGGGCGCUGAGCUUCUCAACCCCAUACCUAGUCAACUAUGGCGACGGCAACGCGAACCUGCAGUCGAAAAUCUUCUUCAUCUGGUUCGGGUGCUGCUUUAUCUGCAUUGGCUUUGUGUACUUCAUGAUCUAUGAGACAAAGGGGCUGACCCUGGAAGAGGUAGAUGACCUGUAUAAUGAGGUACCAAGUGCUCGUGCUAGCGUGGGUUGGAGGCCCACCAUUACGUUUGUUGAGAUGAGGGAGAAGGCUGAGGCACAGGGGGCUAUUGGGGAGCAUCAUGAGGUUGAGCUCCGUCUUGAUGGUUCUGCUUGA